AUGGCGGGCCACGCGAUGGCAUCGAUCGCAGGGUGCCGCGUUAGGUCGCCGUGCGCAGCGGCUGCGCGCCGGCGCGCGACGGGGCGGGUGAUGGCAGCAGCCGAGGGGCUCCCGAAGGUGGAGAUGUGGAUGCCCAACAAGGAGCUCCAGCGGGUGGACAAGCGGGUCGUCAGCAUGCAGGACGUGAUGAUGAACUCUGGCGCGCCCGGAGCAGCUGUGGCGAGCGGCGGCGACCAGCACAAGCCCAAGACCCCCCCCCCGGACCUGCCCUCGCUGCUCCUCGACUCCCGGAUCGUGUACCUCGGCAUGCCGCUCGUCCCGGCCGUCACGGAGCUCAUCGUGAGCGAGCUGCUCUACCUCCAGUACAAGGACGCGACCAAGCCGCUCUACAUGUACAUCAACUCCACCGGCUGCACCCGCGCCGACGGCGAGACGGUGGGCUUCGAGACCGAGGGCACCGCGAUCUUCGACACGAUGAGCUACGUCAAGUGCGAGGUCCAGACCGUCGGCGUCGGCGUCGCGAUCGGCCAGGCGUGCAUGCUGCUCUCCGCGGGCGCCAAGGGCAAGCGGUACAUGCUCCCGCACGCCACCGCGAUGCUCCACCAGCCGCGCGUGCCGCCGACGGGGCAGCGCCAGGCCGUCGAGGUCGAGAUCAAGUGGCGCGAGGUCCUCGCGCAGAAGCAGUCGCUCCUGAAGAUCCUGUCUAAGACGACGGGCCACUCGCCCGAGAAGCUCGACAAGGACAUGCAGCGGCCGCUCUACAUGCAGCCCAAGGACGCGCUCAACUACGGAAUCAUCGACGGCAUCGUGGAGUCCCAGGGCGACGCGGAUCUGAUCGAUCAGGUCAAGUCGGCGGACCAGUGGGACAAGGACGCGGGUCUCGUCAAGCAGACGCGGCCAGCGUAG